GUUACAGAAGAAUCCAGAGGUUGAAUUAGUUUAGCUGAGUGCUACUGUUGCAGCUUUUCUAGUAAAGCUAGUUUGUUAACUGUUAAAACUGUUAAUGUACAGUAUGAAAGCGGUUGUUUGGACCACUCCUUACAGUUUCACUAUGUGUGUGUGUGUGUGUGUGUGUGUGUGUGUGUGUGUGUGUGUGUGUGUGUGUGUGUGUGUGUGUGUGUGUGUGUGUGUGAGUUUGUGUGUGUGUUUGUAGGGCGUGGGGAGUUGGAAGAGGUGGAAGCUAAAGACACCUGUUAGGCAAAGAGAUGUUAAUCCACAUGAUAGAAGCACAUGAGAUUAGGUCUGCCUGCCCAGAAAGCCUUUAUGUUCACACACUGAUGAUGACGAUGUGUGUGUGCGCGCGUGCGUGUGUGUAUGUGUGUGUAUGUGUGUGUGUGUGUGUGUGUGUGUGUGUGUGUGUGUGUGUGUGUGGGGUGUGUGCAUAUGAUAAAUUCUCCACUCACUUCUCUCUGAAGAGGCAUCAUAAAAUCUUUAUCUUCUAGUACAGACUCUUUUUUAGGCAUAUGUACAUUUGUGUGUGUCUGUGUGUGUAUUGCUACUCUGACUUCGUCACAGCACCAGUUGAGUCAUCUUUCUGUAUGCUGUCUGAGUCACCCAUUUCAGGGUUGCCUAGUGACCAUGGCAGGGGAAAAUGUUUCCUCUUGCGUAGUUGCUGAUGCUUGGUACCAAUAUUUAUACAAGAUCUUCGCCGAGAGAACAGGAGAAAACCAUAGAUGCUCUCUGACAGGAUGAGUGUUCUUCCAUAGAGGAAAAAAGUGCUCACUGACUAAUUUUGUAAUUUUCUGGCUUUUGAGAGUUACUUAAUCUGGUCCUUGGUGCUUAAUGGAAGUAGUGUUGACCAGAAGAGGAUUUGCAAUACAAUCUCUCAGGAGGUCACUGGGCACUAAUUACUGAUAAAUUCUGGUAGCUGAAAUGCAUUAAGCCUCUGUUGAGUGUCCCCAAGACAGACUGGAGCAGUAUUUGGACCUAUAGAACCGAGCCACUCCAGUAAUGACCUUAUGUGUCUAUUGUUUUUGCACCAGUGAGCACAUCAGAUAUUCUACAUAUCCAAAUUCUACACAUCCUAAAUAUAUUUAAGUGAUUUCACUUAGCAUGCACUUGCCUAACAAACCUGUGUAACCUUUGAGAUUUCAUUGCCAAAUGAAGUCUUUGUAUUUAGACCACAGUAAUACUCCGAUAGUAUUGCCAACAUGCUAAAAUAAAAAAAUAAUAAAAAAGAAAAAUAACCAAUCCAUAAGACAAAUUUCUCACUUCUAGUCAGAUAUAUGUAUGUACUAGAUAUUCUCAAUACUCUUAUAGUGUAAAUUCUUUGUGGUUUACACAGCAUACUAAACAUUUAUAUCAUUUACAUACUGUAUACCUCAAUUUAUAUAUAUAAUCGUCCCCAACAGACUUUUCUACAAAGACCCACUUAACCACAGCACAUGCACAGGGUUUGCUAUGUGGUAUAAAGCUUCUGAUAAUUAUCUACAGCAAAUAGCCAAUGGGCUUCUGAAUAUUUUAAAUAAGUGUGGUAACUGGACAACGCAUUUGUUUUCAGGGGAAAGAAGGAAUAGAGAGAGAGAGAGAGAGAGAGAGAGAGAGAGAGAGAGAGAGAGAGAGAGAGAGAGAGAGAGAGAGAGAGAGAGAGAGAGAGAGAGAGAGAGAGAGAGAGAGAGAGAGAGAGAGAGAGAAAGAGAUGCUUUUAAUGAUUUUAGUUGAUGCAUUUCACGGUCAUCCAGCUUAGGCCUGCUGACAUAACAGACCAUUAUUAUUUUCCUCUCAUUUGGGUUGCUUCUAGCUCAUGGAAAAAGUGACUUAUCUUCCUCAUCCACCUUUUAUGACGGUGCAUGUGGCAGGUUUUAAUGCCUUGGUUCCUGGCUGAUCUCUUGUCCACUGAGAGCAGAAGAGGUGUAAUGAUGUCAGAGGCAGUAUGACAUCAAAGAGUGGACCAUUGAGCAUCUGUUAUCGUCAAAGUCAAAACAGUCCAGCAAUUUAUUGUUGCACUCGGCUGCACAGGAUAAAUCAGUGGUUCCUGUAUUUUUUAAUGUUGUCUAUUAUGAUUUAACUGUAAUAUCAUUUCAUUUUAACAUUAAAGUAUGAUUAAGAAAACAACAUCAUUUUGAACAGUCAGUGAGUUUGUCAUCCACUUUUUAUCUGCUUGCCUACACUUCUCUCUUGGGUGAAAAAUACAGGUGUAAGGAAGGGACCAGUAUUUGGUUAGCUAUUUUUAGUCUUGCCCUUGAAGCAAGCCAGCUGUGUACUUUUGCUCCUGACAGAGACGUCUAAACUUUAAUUGUGUGUUUUUUCCUAAGUGAGUUAUAAAAUAUUUGCUCAAUGCUUUAUCCUUGCUCUUAAGACAAAAACGGUUUUUACACAUCAUUUACAUUUUUCUUGCUACAGACACUGGAAAGUAACACAAAGAUUUGCCAAUGAGUAACUUGCUUACCAGAGAUUAUGGGAGGUACUUAAGACUCCUGCAAACAGAACAUGCAAAUCAGAAACUCUUUCAUAUUCGCUCGCUUCAGAACUACAGAACAUGCAAUUAUGUAAAUUCUUUAGCCUUAAGUAACUAGAUGGAUGAAAGAGGCUUGUAGAAGAUUGGUGUUUAUCUACAUGUGUAUGCACUGUAUGUGUAUGUCUACAGAAUACAUUAAUUGCUGAUGAAUCUACUAUUCUUGACCUGUUGCCAGAGCACUGUAUCAGUACCAGAGCAACCAUGAAUAAACCGUGUACUUGCAUAAGACAUGUUUCCAUAGUCUCAGCAGCCAGACUAGUCUAGAUUAAAAAGAGCAGACUAAGACUGGGAAGCCUUGGCACCAAUUUGAAUGUUCAAACUGUGCACACCAAGGACAUCUUUGUGUAUGUAUGUGUGUGUGUGUGUGUGUGUGUGUGUGUGUUUAUGAGGGGGCAGGGGAACUGGACUGAUAGCCUCUGAGAGCUCAGCAGGUGUGCACUACACAUUUACCCCAGAAACAUCCUUGAAAUGCUCUUUGCGGUACACAUCGUGUUACAUUUUAUUAGAAUGGGGACCUCUUUAAUACGCACAACUCCUCUACUCUACAACUCAUGGUCUUUACUAAGUGAUAGACACUUAUGAUAAUGAUGUUUUAAAAUUUGCUUUACUGCUUACUUUGUAAAUAUACAGUAGCCUAUAUAUGUAUAUCGUGUAGGUUUCACAUUGACUUUAAAGGUAACAUCAAACAAGCAUGUCUAUAUUUGAUUUCCUAAUGUUUGAUUAACACUUAAAGUGUAUUAACAGGGUGGCUCCCACACAUCCUGUUUUACAGCUUUUGCAAAGGCAACUUGUGUGUAAAAGUAAUAAGAAGCCUUCAUUCCGUUUUUUUGCACUGAAUUUGAAAUUCAAAGGGGAUUAAGCUAAUGCUAAUGUAGUAGAUAACUGCAGUAAUGCUGCUAGUGUGAGUGCUUAAGGCAGAAACCAUGGAAUGAGCCAUUUUACAUCUAUUUAAUUCCUUACAGCUUUUGUACACACACACACACACACACACACACACACACACACACACACACACACACACACACACACACACACACACAAACACACACACAAACUCCUAUAAAUCCUAUUGCUUAAUUUGCCAAAAAUAUUCAAAUUUAUAACCGUUUCCUAGUGCGCUCGCGAAGUACGCGCGCGCCCCUGGCAGCUAUUGGACACCUUCCAAACCUAGUCGAAAAUAGUGUGCCAACUAUGAUAACUGUGAUAAUUUGCCGUUUAGCACUAUGUUAUUACACUACUUAGCUCGGUAGUGUUCGGUUUCGGAUGGGUCCGCAGAUCUCUGCUCUCAUUGGUGGAAGCAGUGCUACGUGGACAUCAGACAGAAACAGGUAGCCGCGUAUGUGACCGUUAUCGCUUCAGUUCGUUAAAGAAAACGGUCACCGUGGCUUCCAGCUCCGUCCUGAGAGAAACACUAACAAGUGUCUUAUUAGUGCUCUUCAUUAAGUUCUUGUCAUUGGCUGCCACUGACUUUCGCAGCAGUUGUAUACAAUUCCACUUCACGACAGAGUUGAACACAGAGUCGUGUUUCUUUUACCUCAGGGCCUGCACGGUGGUGUGGGUGAUUUAAGCAUGAAGUCUAAAGGAAAGUGCUCAAAGCGGAGUAAGCACUCGUGGGCUGAGCAGGAGCAUGCUGACCUGCAGCUGGACGUAGAGCCUGGCUCAAGUGAACAGGAGGGAUCUGAGGCCUCUCUGCCACUGGGGGCAUCAUGGCGGGCAUCGGGCAUUGAAGGCCGUGCCAGAACGAGAAUGGGCACGCGCCGUCGACGAAGCCAACACAGCAGCGCCAAGGAGCGUAACACACGAAGGCUGGAGAGCAACGAGAGAGAGCGGCAGAGGAUGCACAAACUGAACAAUGCUUUUCAGGCACUACGGGAGGCCAUUCCACACGUUCGAAUGGACAAAAAGCUCUCAAAGAUUGAGACUCUGACAUUGGCCAAAAACUACAUCAAAGCCUUGACUACCAUUAUCCUGGGCAUGUCCGGUGCCUGCCUGCCUCACGUUGAUGCCCAGGAGCACUCUGAGGAUGAGAGCCAUAAGGAUCUUUCUAAGUACCUGGACCACAUCCGCAGCUUAAGCCACAGCAGCUAACACCAGCUCUGGCCACAGUUGUAUCCAGAUCACUGGAAAAUGAUAAUGAGACUGCACAGUUCACUGUGAAAGUGACAUAGUGUGGAACUCUGAGACUGAAGUGUUGGGCUCUAAGAUGGACUUACAGAAGACACAAAAUCCAAUUUUGGUUUGAAAGAUUAUUUUUUAUAGUCUUCAAUGCAAAACCUCAUCCAUUCCCACUGUGCCAUAAUGAGUGAGAUAUUCCUGAGAAAUAACAUCAUUCAGGGACUAAUUGGGGGAAAAGGAAAAGAACGGCAGAUUAGAGACUAUGUAAUGACACAUAGUAAACUCUAGCCCUUGUCUAGUGAUCAACAUCUUGAGACAGUAAUGAAGAAAACUUUAAGGAGUAUUUGAUGUCACAUUUAUUGAAAGGGCAUAGUUCAUGCAUACAUUAACACUGGGGAGUGUUUUAACUUACCUAACAAAUACAGUUCAUGUUAUACCAUAAUUUAUCUUUUUUACAGUUCUUCAUUCCAUAAAUUACAGGAGGUCAAAAUCUCCAAAGCCAAUCAGACAUAAUUCAUUGCGAGACGUCGACAGAAAUAUGCCGCAGACCUGUAUAAACCUUUUCAUUUUAUUGACAGAUUUUACCAGCAACAACAUUUGAGUUGUUACAUGAGAAUGAUUUAUUUUAUUUAUACGUACCUGCACAUAAUGCCUUAAAAACAUGCUUUAAGACAAGACCACAUUUCACCUGCCAGCACAAAAGUCUCAUUACAAUGACAAUGAUCAUAUAUUAGCACUGGCCAUAAUGAAAGUCUAAAAAAUAAAAAAUUGUGCAUUUGUGCUGCCUCUGGAACAAUACAGAUAUUCCUCUUUUAUUUAUUUUAAUAAACCAUACACAUUUGGAAUUUUAAAAGCUUUGGGAUUCCUGAGAAAAGAAAAACAUCCCCAUCAUUGUCUACUGUUAAUGCUAAGUAUUGCACAAGUAUUAAUGACACCACUACAGUGAGCUUACAGAUAACAGCCAACUGAAUGUAUGAUGACUUCUUUUCCUAGCAGCCAGUUGACACUUCUCCGAAAAGUUUGUCAAGAACAGGAUGUUACUCUGUUUUUUAAUGUUGAGCGCUUAGUAGGAAAUCUGUUGAACUUACAGUAUAUGAACAUAUAUUCUGAUUUCUAUUUGUUUUUUUCCUGUUGGCAAAGUGGCUUGUCUGUAAAAGUGUGAACUUUGCUUGUGAUGACUGUAAAUGUAUAGUGCCGUGUCGAGCCUACACCAAGCCCUGAACACACUGUAUUAUUUGCUACUAAAAUCAAAUAAAGAAAGCAAACA